AUGGCUCUGCAUCAGCUCUUCACUUUGGCUUUCGCACUGCAUCUUGAACCGUUGCCAACUCUCGACUAUGCCACGGUACCUUACAUCAGAGAUGUUGAUCACAGCACCGACUCGCUCCAAGAAAUAGAAACGCUUCGUGUCGGUGCCAACACCAAGUUGGAUCCCAUUCAUACUCGCCACUUUCCGCACACCGUCGAUACGUUGUCCUUUCUGCUCAACCAUUCCCGCGCUAUCGAUGCCGUACAUCCUUUCUCCAAACUCAUCGCCUUGCUCGAAGAGGCAGACGAUGACCCCGAAUUCCGCAACCUUCGCGAGUUCUUUGAUGCGCGAUAUGAUCAAAAUGGUUCGCUCAUAGGGGCUGACAAGGAAAAGGAGCCUCAUCGUCGCAUGCGCAGCGUCUCGCGCGCCGCUUCUACAAAGCAGCCCGGCCGACGUCCCAGCCAUGCCACCGAGGCUCGCAAAUCUUCUUUCGCCACUAGUCUCGGCGGUACCAGUGCCCUCAAGCUCAAUUGGCUCCGGCGCAACAACCAGCCAGAUUCUCAAGCUCACGACGCUUCCGACGACGACGACGACACUCAUUCCAGGCUUUCCAGCAACGGCCACGCUGCCAAUCCUGCUCCUCCUUCCGCUCCUUACAUUCGCCUCUCCAAGCGUCCGCAUUCCUCCUCUUCUUCCGUCUCCCAUCCCUCCUCCUCGAACCACCGUCACGCCGAACACGACACCACCAUCACCACCACCACCUCAGUUACCUUUCCCAUCCGACUCGAUUUGCAUUCAGUUGGUCUGGCACCACCGCCACCCAAGCUUCGCUCUCAUCGUCAACCUGAGCCGUUCAACGUUGGUCUCCAACGCAUCGGCUCUGGAAGAUCCACCUCCUCCUCCGAAUGGCGCAAGCGCAGAGCCAGCAAAUCCAGCUUGUCCAGCACAGGUGUAGCAUCGCGCCCCGUCGCAAGUCCCGAUAGCUUGGCUUCCUUUGGCGCAAUCUCUGCCACCGUCAACGGCGAUUCCGACGUUCAACAUGCCGGUCUUUCCGGCUUUAGCAUCGACACAAGCGCCCAUUCGGAGCCAACAUCAAUGUCCAAACCCAAGCUCACCCCUUCAUCCGAGAUCCCCGCUCAGCCUCCCAGCGCCGAAUCCCAACUACCCAGUAUCUCCGAGCGCUCCAUACCCUCUGCCGAAAAGGUCGUUACUCCAGUUUCUUGUUCCAAGCCUGCUAGACGUCCUUCCAUGAUGUCCAAAUUGCUCGACUUUGGCCGAAAGAGAUCCUUCCUCGAUCGUUUAGGCUCAGACUCGCACGAUGCUCGCACUGCCGCGUCAACACCCUCCCAUCCCGAAGAAGCAUCAGACGCACGCUCCAAUCUCAAUGGUCUGAACGCUUCCAGUCCUUGCGCCAACUUCCGCUCAGGACUUGAACAGCAUCCGGAUCAAGCCACUCCCGGCAAUGAAGAGGCGAUUGACCUCGACGAUGAUGACGACAACGACGACACUGGCCUGCGUGCCCACAUGAUGCGCCACAUCAACAUCGCCACCUCUUUUGAAAAUCGGCGACGCAGCUCAGCUGGAAGCUCCAGCAAGAGCCAUGCUGCUGCAAAGCAGAAUCGCCCCAAUCUCGGACCUGUCCACGAGGACAGACUGCCCGAUCUCACCAUGGUCUCGUCGCGAUCUAGCGUCGGCACGUCCUAUUCCGAGCAUGCCAUCCCCGAAGAGUCCUUCGGUGCCAAUGUUUCAGCCGAGGGGGCGGCCGCUUCUAUGCGUCGCCCCGCGGCGGUGAUGGACGGCGCCGAUUUUUUGUCGCUCUUUCGAGCUGCUUCUAGUCUCGCUCUCAGCACAAUUCAAUACCCCACCGAUGGCUGCGACGGGGAUGGUGCCGACGUCACCACGCCGAGCCUAGAGAACAAAGAGCCUCACGUUGCCGACACGGGCAGUACCAACACUCCCUUGACAAGAACUCCGCAGAUUAAGCCCAAGCUAAGCUCCUUACCUGCUACACCUGGUCGGUCGAUCCGCUCCCUGGACCUCGACCGCUCCCCGAAUCCUCACUCAGCAAGCAGCCAUCCGAUCGACUCGAAUUUCAAGCUGCAAGCAGCGUUGGCGCAGAAGGAUGCAGAGAAGAAAGAAGCCUGGUGGCCCUGCGGCGAUGUCGAUCCUCUUCCGAUCAGUCUAGCCAGUGCGCUCGGCGAGGCUUUGGGCUGGGAAACCAUCAUGCAUCUCUGCUACGGAAAAGCCAGUCGAGCUGCAUCCGAAGGAAAUUAUGCCGCCCUCGGCAAGGCAGCCGCCCUCGAUCAAGCCAACAAGCUGCAAGAAAGAACUGUACAAGCUUGGCGAACGGGUGUAGCCAGCGCAGGAACGUCGCCACCCAAGAAGAACGACAACCUGCCAUCAUUGCUCGAGCUGGGCGGCGCUGAUACAGCCAGCCUGGCUCACUCAUUGACUCAGACGCUCCACUUGGACGCAGCUGAUCCGCUGCACGAGCCCAACAAUGCCUCGGUUCUCGAACGUCUUCAUGACAAAGCUCCACAACGGUCUUCCACUGUACCUCAACAUGUCGACACCGAUGCCCUGCUGCAGGGCAACAGUGCAAAUGCUGCGACUCCUGGUUGGGCCUCGAGCACAUUGCUGUUUGGCAGCAAAGUUAAACACACGAGAACGUGGCAGCACUGGCAGGCUCUGUUCAAGAGCAUCAAAGCUUGGGUGGACGAGUACGAAAAGACAAGGGUGCGUGGCGGGCUAGCUCGCGAGAUUGGACUUGAUCCUCCCGCUCAGCAGAGUGCCUCAACCAAGGGGCUAGGCGAAGGCGAUAACAACAUUACCAUCUCUGCUCCUCUUCAUAUCGACGCCACCAGCCCGGAUCUGCAAGUGCCCUUGAUCAUCGGAUCGCCUCCAACGGCAUCAACCGAGGUGCUCAAAGUGGCGCGGGACAAGGUGGACGCUACAAUGUUGUCCAAGGUGCUCGGUGCGUCGCUCAGUAUUUCGCCUUGCGUGCUAGGAGAUGCCACGAAUCGGGCGCAUGGAUUCCGUCGUCGAGCCGGCAUCCCAGAGGGUCUGCCGCUUGGUCCUGAAAACGAAGAGACGAUCGACUACACGUGGUCUCGCAAAAGGCUUUCAGUCGAGCAUUUCGCCACUGCACUCACCAUCAGCUGUGACAGCGCCUUGCACUACUUUGGGCAGCUCAGCUCGAGCAAGUGGCUCUACCGAUCAGCGUGGGAGCUCGACUAUCUGGAGAUGUGCGUGUUCAAGUCUCCGCUGGUGGCCGAACGCUUCCCUCCGCCCGGUGAGGCGGUAGUGCCUUUCUCACAGUCGUACCGUCCGGCUCCGGGUACGCAAGACCGUUCGCGCACCUGCCCCAAUCCGGACGAGGCGGGUGCGUGGAAUCCUGACACGUGGAAACAAUGGCUCACUUCGAUCCGCGAAGGCGACAUUAUCGUGCCUGCGAUCGCAUGGCAGGCAUGGUGGACGCUCAUCUCGGUUCUCAACGGUGCCGAUCGCACAGGUAGAAGCUACGACUUGCAGGUCAAGUCAUUGGAGGAGCCAUUUGAAGCGUUGAACGACUUGUCAGCUGUCUACCUCUGA